AGGGUUUUCUUUAGAUGGGGAAACACCGGGCUAAUCUGGUUACAUAAGAAGACAUUCACAUUUUGCAGAACGUCUCUGCACUAAUCCACUGAAGUGUUCAUGCUCAGCUGUCCCGCGGCAGGAGUAACACACAGGGGCACACGCGCAUACUUGUGGCUCUGAAGGCACAGGGCGCGCUUGCAUGCACGUGGGGCGUAUGAAAUAAAAAAAAAAUAAAAAAAAAUUAGGCACAGACAGAUAUCUCGGAGCGCCACACACGUACACGUAUCUCUCUGCAGAAGCUGCCACAUGCCUCACGUUGCCAAAAAAAAAACCCGAGCUCUCGUCUUGCGCUGUUUGCGCCCGUGACGACGCCGCUGACGCGCCACUAGCCGCACCGCCCGGGAGGAGACGGAGGGGAGAGGAGUGAGCGACGGAGCGAGCAGAGGGACUGACCGGGAGCCGGUGCUUGUUUCUUGCUUUUCUUUUCUCCUGCAAAUUCCCAUUGACGAUAUUUUAACGGCACAUUCCCUCUCCAGCAGCAUCACCCGGGCUCUUCUGCAGAGAUGGAGGUACCAGGCUUGGCGCACAGCAUCACCAGUCCACUGAGUCCCUGCGAGGGGAUGAUCAAGGACCUGAGCUUGGACGCCUUACAGCUAUGCGAGCGAGAUGGAAGUAAAUCCCAGGAUGGCACCAUCUCUGAGUUGGAGGAGCUCCCUGUUCCUCAGAACAUCAAGAUCAGCAACAUCACCUGUGACUCCUUCAAGAUCUGCUGGGACAUGGAGCCGCGCAGCAAGGAGCGCAUCACACACUACUUCAUUGACCUGAACAAGAAGGAGAACAAAAACUCAAACAAGUUCAAACAUAAGGAUGUCCCUACCAAGCUGGUAGCCAAGGCAGUGCCCCUGCCCAUGACGGUUCGAGGCCACUGGUUCCUGAGCCCACGCACAGAGUACACCGUGGCUGUCCAGACGGCAUCAAAACAGACUGACGGGGACUACGCCAUCUCCGAGUGGAGCGAGAUCAUCGAGUUCUGCACUGCUGAUUAUUCCACAGUGCAUCUAAACCAGCUGAUGGAAAAGGCUGAGGUCAUUGCCGGCCGGAUGCUGCCUUUCACUGUCUUCUACAGGAACCAGAAUAAAGAGUACUUUGACAAUGCCAGGGAGGCGCAGGAGAACCGGAUGCUGCAGGCAGUGAAAGACAACAGUGGCAGCCACGGCUCACCUAUCAGUGGCAAGCUGGAGGGCAUUUACUUCUGCUGCAACACGGAGUUCAACACAGGCAAGCCUCCGCAGGACUCCCCUUACGGCCGCCACCGCUUUGAGGUCCGGGCUGACACACUCUUCAACCCCGACUCCAACCUUUACUUCGGAGACUUCUACUGCAUGUACACAGCCUACCACUAUGUUAUUUUGGUCCUGGCGCCAAAGGGCUCCACGGGAGACGAGUUCUGUAAGCAGAGGCUUCCUGUGCUAGACAUCACCAACAACCGUUUCCUUACAUGCAAGCAGGAUGAAAAGGGCGAUGGCGGUCUGGUGUUUCACCACGCCCAGGACGUCAUCCUGGAGGUGAUCUACACGGAGCCCGUAGACCUGGCGUUAGGCACGGUGGCUGAGAUCAGCGGGCACCAGCUCAUGAGCAUGUCCACAGUAAAUGCCAAGAAAGACCCGAGCUGCAAGACCUGCAACAUCAGUGUGGGCCGCUAA